AUGGCGGUGUUUCCUAUCGGCUCUCACUUUGCGCCGCCGCGUCAGUUGACAAAGAGACUCGCCGUGACGACUUUAUCACCUAACUCUCUCUCGACGCGAUUGCCGCAAAAUGUCUCCUUUUCGAAUGUCUCUGGGAUUACAGGCUCGAGGUUAUGCAGACAUGGUGUUCUUGUAAGGGCCGAGGAUAAGAUAAGGGGUUCUUCUUCUCCGUCCGUCGAAGAACAGUCUCAACCAAUCGAUGAGGAUGUUGCUAUGGCAUUGUUGUUCGGAAUAGGAUACGCCGGAAUCAUCUUCGAAGAGUCUUUAGCUUUUAAUAAGAGUGGAAUAGGACUGUUGAUGGCUGUGAGUCUGUGGGUUGUGCGGAGCAUUGGGGCUCCUUCACCUGAAAUAGCCGUUUCAGAGCUUCAGCAUGCAACAGCUGAAGUAAGUGAAAUUGUAUUCUUCUUACUCGGCGCAAUGACCAUUGUGGAGAUAGUUGAUGCUCACCAAGGGUUUAAGCUUGUUACAGACAAUAUCACCACUCGGAAGCCAAAGACACUUUUAUGGGUGGUCGGCUUUGUUACUUUUUUCCUGAGUUCAGUUCUAGACAACCUGACCUCCACCAUUGUCAUGGUUUCUUUACUGAGGAAACUGGUUCCUCAAUCAGAAUACCGCAAACUUCUAGGAGCUGUUGUGGUGAUAGCAGCAAACGCAGGAGGAGCAUGGACUCCAAUAGGUGAUGUUACUACAACUAUGCUAUGGAUUCAUGGUCAGAUAUCCACCUUGCCGACUAUGCAGGGCCUUUUUAUACCUUCGGCAGUGUCUCUUGCUGUUCCACUAGCCCUCAUGUCCUUGUCAAGUGAGGUAAACGGAAAGGGACAGGAUUCUUCGGAUGUAUUGGCUUCUGAAAAGAUGGCUCCGAGAGGGCAGCUAGUUUUUGGAGUUGGCCUUGGAGCAUUGGUUUUUGUUCCGGUCUUUAAGGCUCUCACUGGAUUGCCUCCUUACAUGGGUAUCCUGUUGGGUCUUGGAGUUCUUUGGAUCUUGACGGACGCCAUUCAUUUCGGUGAAUCAGAAAGACAAAAGCUCAAAGUACCUCAGGCCUUAUCUCGAAUCGACACACAGGGCGCUCUGUUUUUCCUCGGGAUCCUUUUGUCCGUUAGCAGCCUUGAAGCAGCAGGGAUCCUCAGGGAGAUUGCAAACUACCUUGAUGCUAAUAUACCCAAUGUUGAGCUAAUCGCAAGCGCGAUUGGUGUUGUGUCAGCAAUCAUAGACAACGUGCCAUUGGUUGCAGCAACUAUGGGGAUGUACGAUCUCACAUCGUUCCCUCAAGAUUCCGAGUUUUGGCAGCUCAUUGCGUUCUGCGCUGGCACUGGUGGUUCUAUGCUUAUCAUCGGAUCUGCUGCUGGUGUUGCUUUCAUGGGGAUGGAGAAAGUCGAUUUCUUUUGGUACUUCCGAAAGGUUAGUGGUUUUGCUUUUGCUGGCUAUGCUGCUGGUAUCGCAGCUUAUCUGGCAGUUCAUAAUCUUAAUUUGUCGAUACCAACAACGGUUGCUCAGCUCCCAUUCAUCACUGGUUCGUAA